UGUAGCAAUUGGAAUCGUACCAUCAGCCGGUGACCGAAGGCAACAUCAAAACAAUGGCAGGGGUUGCUACAAAAGUUUCUAAUUUAAUUAAACUUGGAGUGGAGGGAGCAGGCCCAAGGCUUGGCACAUUCCUGUCCUAUGCCAAGGUGGAGCUUGUGCCUCCCACUCCCUCAGAGCUUGGAGCUGGAAUUGGGGGCCUGGCUAAGCUGGUCAAGUCUGCAACCACGUUGAGCUUCAUGCGCCUCACAGUUAAGGAGGCUUGGGUGAACACUCUGGUCGCCACUGAAGUCGCUUGCUGGUUCUUCGUCGGCGAGUGCAUUGGCAAAGGAUCCAUCAUUGGCUACCAAGUUUGAAUGCGGUAGCAUUUGUCGAAAUCAAGAAUGUAACAUAUAUAAUACAGAGUUUUCAUACUUAAU